AUGGUUACUAAUCGUAGUGCACACGUCAAUCCAGGAUUUAUUAUUGAUUAUAAUGCUACCUCGUCAUUGUGUUCGAUACGGAAGAUCAGUAAUCAACAGGAUUCGCAUAACAAUAAUUUAAUUCGACGACGGCCCAUGUCAAAUGGAAACAAUGAUAAAUUAUUUGAUGUCAAAUACAAGGUUUUGUUACUUGGUGAUACACUGGUAGGAAAAACUUCAUUACAACGCUUUAUUGCUAGAAAAGAUUUUCGUCCAGCUGUUGGAUCUACAAUUGGGAUGGAUUUUAUUAGUAGGGUGAUUCCAGUGGAGAAAGCAAAAGUUAAUCUACAGAUAUGGGAUACAGCAGGUCAAAAGAAUUUUCGAACGAUUGGUAAAAGUUAUUACACAUCGACAAAAGCAUUUGUACUAGUUUAUGAUGUUACGAAUGAAGAGACAUUUGAUUUAAUCCAACAAUUUAGUCAAUUAAUUGAAGAGACUGAACUAGAUAUGGAGCGUCGAUAUUUGGUAGCAAAUAAAAUUGAUUUAGUACUAAAUCGACAAGUUAAUGAAGAAACUGGCCGACGAUUCGCUUUAAGAAAUAGUAUGGUUUAUUUUGAAACUAGCUGUAAAACAGGUGAAAAUAUUCAGGAACUUUUCGAACAAAUUGCUUCUGAUCUUGUUCAUCACCAUGAUCCUAAAAUAUUUGAAUUUCAUAAACCAAUGAAAGAUAAUUUUGCAUUCAGUUAUCAUACAUCAGCAGUUGCAAAUCCUCAAAUAAAUGAUAGAACUAUCGAACAAAUUAAAAAAUCAAAAAAGAAAAAAAACAUUUUUUCACCAUUAUCUUACGAGUCAGUUAAUGAAAAUAAUGGCUUUAAUUUUCGUUCUUUUAUACUUUGCUGUAAACCAAAAAAAACAGUUGCCACAAAUGAUUAA